UUNCAUAAAUAAUCCUUGUAAUAUUCAAAGUGUUUUAUUCUAAAAUUUAAGUUAAAUUGAUUAAAGUAAUAACAUUCUUAUACUUACUUUUAAAAUGUGUAUUUGUUCAAAUCUGUUUAAAAUGUCUUUCGCAUCCCCCAUGGUAAAAUCAAAAUAUGUAAUUCUUUCAGACAAUGAAUUCUGAACUUCUUAACAUCUUUGUCUUGUGAACUAUACAUACUGAUUGUGAAGAAAUCUAUUACAUAAAAAAAUACAGCUUUUUAUUGAUUAAAAAAAGCCCUACCCAAGAUGAAGAAAUAUGCAUUUUAUGAUGUCUUACUAAAGACUGAGCACAAUUAACUUUGAGCACUAUUUGUUAUUAAACUUUAGCUUGCAAUCUCAAAAUCUGAUUUUUAAUAUCUUCAACCCAUUUAAAGGGACUUUCCUUUAACUAUGACUAAUUUUAUCCAUCCAUUUUAACCAAGCAACUAAUAGAAUCAAGAAUUAUUCAAACUUAUCACAACACCUUGUUCUAGAGACCAAUGAUAAUUCAGCAAUUGCGAAUAUCAGAAAUUUCACUCUUUUGAGUAAAAUAUUUUCUUCGGUCCUACCAUAUACGUGUUGAAACUUGCAAUUGCUGAAUUCCAUUGUUAAAAAGAUUAAAGAUAUAUAUUCUCAGUUUUAUGCUAGUUUAAUAGACAAUAGUUAUUACUUCUUGAGUUGAAAAAAUUAUAAUAGAGUAAUUUUUAAUAUUAAACAUAAUUUAUAUUUUAGUUUCACCAUUUUGAAAAUUUAGAUAAAUUCGUCAUUUUAAAUAUCAAAUACUAAAGCAAUUGUAUAUUUUUAAUAUUAAUACCACUACACAACUUCUAAUAUUCACUCUCAGAUAAAAAUGGAGAAAGUUCUUCCUUUCCAGCUCAACUAUGCUUACAGCUUAAUAUGGGCGUAGAACUUAUAUGUGAGGAGUGUACUCAAAGAAAUCCUAGAACUCCAGUACGAACUCCAUGCUGCAGGAGAACACUCUGUAGACCUUGUUGGUUUAAGGGGUUGACGAGAAAUCUACGAAAAUGUUGGUUCCCUGGUUGCUCAGAAGCUAAACUAUCCUAUGAUUCAUGUAUUCAUAUCAAACCCACGGACACAUUGAUAUCUGUUAAUUCCCAACCAGAACCAUCUGACAAUGUGGCAACCAAAGAAGUCACAAUCUAUCUCCAAGGCCAUAAGACUCUGGAAAGGGAACCCCUGGCAGAUAAACUUGAUAAAACCCCAAAUGAAAGUCCAGAAAAUAAAUUUACAUCUAAAACAUUUACUCCAACUAUUAAAAAUCCGGUGGUCUUACUCCCAAAAAUCAAGAUUCCAAUCGAAUUUUCUGCGGAAAAUCAACCACCUCAGCAUAAUAAUAUAGCUCCGAUAGUUUCUAAAAUUCUAGUUCCAGAAGUUUCAACCCCAAAAGUUGAUAUCUCAUCAUCUGCAGAGACUGAAACCCCGCGAAUUAAACCUGAAAAUGAAACACCUCAAGUUCAAACCCAAACACAGUUAUCGCCUACAGUUCAAAUUCCGACAAUUACCCCUGUCCUCGAGACUCUGACACCCUUGUCGCCGAAGGGUCAAAUCCCGAUAAAGAAACCCCCUGUUCUCGAAACUCCGACAACCUUGUCUGUUAAAGUUCAUUAUGGGAAAAUUCUAGCUCCAAAAAAGAAAAAAUGUUCUUCCGUAAACUCUCCAACUUCGAAACCUGCAACACUAAAGGCUGACACUGGAAAUUCUACAACAUCUAUAGUUCCAGCAAGUCCAGGUUCGACAGCUUGGUCUCCUAAAAAACUUGUUCCACCAGUUGCACCGACUGCAACGCGUGAUUCUAACAUUGUCUGUGAGAAAAAUGGCGACUCUGAUCUGAACCCUAUCCUUCAACCAUAUAACUCUUUCAAACGUUUGUAUUCAGAUAAUAAACCUGAUUGUGUUAUUGAUCUGGUUACAACCGACCUACACAAUAAUUCAAUUUAUAGUAGUUCUCUUUCUAAUGAUCCCUUAGACAAGAAUAUAAAUGAAAAUAAGGCUCCUAAAAAUUUAGAAAAAAUGGCCGUCACAACAAGUAAAUCUUUUGAUCUUAAAAAAGAAUCAUGUAAUCUGAAGUUAUCUAAAACUGAAGAAAAAAAAGCAGUGAUCAAAAUAAAUAUGAAAAAAAUCAAGAAGAUUUCUGUGAAACAUACGAAAGCUGAUAAGAAAAGUUCAUGUCGCAAAAAUAAUAAUUAUAGAAAUAAAAUAACAACAGAAGAGGCUGAAUGUGAAUCUAAGAAGCCAAGAAGCAAUAUAAAGAACCAUGACGAUGAUGAUGAAUCUUCAUAUUCACAAAACUCAAAUUUAGAACCAGACAGUUGCGAGGUGCAAGACAAAUUAGCUAGAGAUGUGAACGAGAAAAUGUUAGAACAAAGAAUUAAGGAAAAAGCUGGAACCACUAACGACGAAUAUGGUUUUGAAAAUGAUGUCGACAUUUCUGACAAAGGACCUGAUACUGACGUACAAUCUGCUUUGGACAUGUCACCUCCAACUGACCUCCCUGUAGUUGCAAACAUCUCAAUCAGCGCAACAACUCCCCUUGUCAACACAUCUUUGGUGGACUGUUCAUCAUUAUCCAACGAUAUUCAGGAGAAGUCUUCCUCUGGCUCGACAUCUUUCCAGGAUAAAUCUUCAGAAAAUUCAUUUUCUGUUUCGGACCCAAUUUUAACUCACAUUUCAACCGUUCAGGAAACUUUAUCUGUAAACAUAUCUUCUGUUGCAGACACAUUUUCAGUGGAAUUUAGAUCAUCGGAUCUGGAAAACCUGGAAUCAGAAACAUCUGUAACAAAGAUAUCUUCAGUAGCUGGCAUAUCUGUUCCCAACACCAUUGACGCAAAAACAUCUUCAGAAAAUGCAGUUUUGAUAGAUAGUCCUUCUGACGUUAAAACAAGACCAGAUGCUCAGGUAAGUUUAGAGAACACACUUGAAGUAACUGAAGUAACACCCACUAAUCAAGUAAAAUCCGCUACUGAAGUAACACCCACUAAUCAAGUAAAAUCCACUACUGAAGUAACACCCACUAAUGAAGUAAAAUCCACUACUGAAGUAACACCCACUACUGAAGUAACACCUACUUCUGUAGUAACACCCACUUCUGUAGUAACACCCACUACUGAGCUGUAUCAUGAUCUGCCAGCAGAGAACAAGAAUGUUGAGAUCAAAGUGAAUAUUAAAGAUGAAACUCCUGUGAGAACUACUUUAGCAGAUUAUCAAGAGUUUAUAGAACCUGAUCAGAAACUGUCAAGCAUUAAGCAACCCUUCAGUCUCCCUGACAGACCUGAUAGCAAACAGCAUUGUUUUAAAUCUAGUCCAGAGGUUCAUCAGGACGAUGUUGUGGAUGAAAGGUUUGGUCCGGAAGAUGUUAUAGCCCUGGUAUUCCUGGAUGUUCAAGUACUAAGCCUGGAAAAUACAUCUGACUAUUCUCAAAUUGGAGUUUACGUUCACGUCACAGGAAUCUCAGACCCGGAGAGGAUGACCUCCAAGAGUUUGCUGUUCCCUCUUCAACCUCCCGAGGUUGGAGAACUUAGUGUUAAAGUUUUUCUGAAACUUCUGGAGAAACUGAGGGUUCGAAUCUCAAGGUCCGACUCAGCUCAAUUCAUCAAGGAUAGUGAUAGGUUGGUAAAUUGCUUCAGUUAUAGCGCUGCCUUGGAUGAGAUCAUUCAAGAAAUCUCGUCCCUCCAAAGAUUCGUUCAGGGUUGUAUCUUUGUGUACACCUCGGAGAAACUCGUCUUUCCUCUACUACACUCUAUCCUUGACAAGGUUGGAGAUGGUUUAAUUGGAUUUAUUAAUCUUCAGGAGAUUUUUGAAGAAACUUUUCACGGAGAAGAAUCUCAAGAUCUUACCUCAAUCUGUCAAGAGGUUUUAUCAGAUUCAUUUGAUCUCUCCGAUACUCAAGAGACAACCAUUGUUCUCUUUAAUCUAGUCAAACACCUGAUGAACCCGGAUUUUGAUAGUUUCAUUGCUCCGUAUUGUAAGUAUAGUUCUGCUAUCCGAUCUACAGUUCAAUGGAAGGAGUUCAGUUCAGGACUGAGAUCUGAAAACAAUUCUAACAUUCGAUUACUGAGUAGUUUUCAAGAAAACCUUUUCUUUGAAUUAUCCCUCUCAACUGGUGAAGUUCUACAGGAUACCCUACCACGUAGAACCCUGGCAGACCAAACAAAUCUGCGUAGAGUUACAGAGAGAUCAGAAAUUCUAUCAGAGAAAGUUUCUUACAAAUCCCCUCUUCGCAAUGUAACAGAGCUCCAAGAAUCUAGUCCUGUAGGUAGUAUAUUCACAGAAGCAAACCAGGAUCCUAACAAUGAUCUGGAUGAACCGCAGGGGAGCGAUGAGUAUGAAGAGGAUUUCGGACAAACCCAUCUUUCUCUGAUUCAUUCUCACGACUGGAGACCAAUUCAGGAAGCCGUAGAGAAAACUAAUCUUCAAAAUAAGCUAAUUGUUGAGGAUUCCUCCUCCGGGUUGAGGUUGAACAACUCAAUCUUUGAUUUCUCCGGGUAUGAUCAAAUACCUGAAGAAGAUACCAUCCUUAUUCCUAAAGAAUCCGACAAGUGUACCUGUGAUUCAUUGAAGAUAUGCAAUAUGUGCCAGAGUUUCCAAGUGAAUGCAGUUCUAGGUUCUCCUGGUCGGUUUCACUCUGGAACAGUUCUCUGCCGAGUUCAAGACGAUGACGGAGUAAUCAAAGAUAAGUUUGUCAGGUUUAUAGACCGUAGCUUGUACAGCUCCCAAGAGUCUUGGGCUAAGGUUGAAGAUCAGAUUUGUAAGGUUCUUGACGGAAAAUAUAUAGUUCUUCUCCUCCAACAUUCGGAAACUAGAAUAAUUGAACCUGGAACUCUUUUAGGACUAUGUCAGAUUUGGCGUGGUAUUCCUCCCUCUUCCCAGCCUUCUUAUCAAUAUCUAACUCUACGCUCUAGUAUACAAAUUGAUUUGUUUACAAUACUUAACUGUAUUCCUGAAAGUCUGGAGCUAGCAGAUCUACACCGCAAACCUCUUUGUGUAAAUCUGGAGGAGUGUAUUCCUGGAACACUCAACAAUAAGUUUGCAUCCCUUGACCCCAAAGGAUUGAUAAAGAUAUGGUUUAAAUCGUCAUCUUUCAAAUCUCCUCCGCAAAUCGGUGAUAGGAUAGGCACAGUUUCAACCAAACUGGAACUCCAGGGUUUGGAUUCAGUUUGUUUGAAUCCAGAGGAGUCGAAACCUACUAAACCGAAACCUAGCCGUCCAGUUCUCAAACCACUAGUUCAGUUGGGAACCUUCAGAGAUACUUCGCGAGACGCCUUUGCUUCAGAAUAUAUCAAUCCUCCAAAUCCUUUAUAUUUAGACGCAAAACCUACCAUAGAUAUAAACCCCACGCAGACAUUACCUAAACGAAGGUUGCCUCAAAAUCCUUCUAAAACACAUCCGUCAUUGAAGAAGCCAAAGCUCGCGUUCGGCAUCAAAAAAACUUCUGCUUUUGUGAAAAGGAAUGUUUUAGAGGAAACAAAAAACUCAGUUUCGAAAUCUGGAGAUGAUAUUCAUCAGAAUCAAAACCGAUCAGCGUUACCUGGAGAUAAGAGAAAGAUCAAUGAGUCAUCGCAGCCUCAGUCCGUAGCUCAGCAAUAUGAGGUUUCCAAGUCCCACAACCCCUAUAUACCAGAUAAAAUCUACCCCGGUUCAAAUAAACCCUCCGGCACAUAUACAACGAUACCAGACAAUCCUCCCCAGUAUUCAAAUCUAGCGGAUACCAACCUGUCCUUUUCUCAGUUUUCACCACAACCCUCGUUUAGAUCUUAUCCACCACCUAGUCACUUUCAUUUCCAAGAGCAAGCUUGGAUUGGAGAUUCAAACCAGAUUUAUCCGACAGCUCCCUUGGUUAGUAUUGGUUCACAGUAUCCGUAUUAUCCUGGAGAAUAUGUCCAGGCUUCGUCUUCAACUAAUUCCCUUACAGCCGAGGGGGAUCCCCAACCUUCAAAUCAAGGUCUGAAUUUCAACCAUAGGAAUUUGAGUAAUCUCACAAUAAUCCCAACCAGACCUGACAACUGUAAACCCGUCCUGUCUCUCCCGAAGCCUAGACCUGCGGAGAACUGUAGGAAUUGUGUGUAUUCCAAUCUGGAGAAUGUUCUUGUUAAUGAGAACUGUGAACUAUGUCCAAACUGUCCCAUCCUUGAGGUAACUCUGCUCGAGGAAAUGACUCUCCUCGCCGGGAAACCAGUUUCAUGUACGCUCAAGGUUCAAGGGAUGUUGAAAGAAGGGGUUAUCAAGUUGUUCACCAGAGCAGGGAUAAUCUCCUAUCCGUCCUGUAUCCGAUCCUUCCCACCUCCAAACCACAAACAUCCGGUUCUUUUCUCCGUAGAUAAUUCUACUUUCACCAUGAACUUUGCCAAUCAUAGUCUAGAGACAACUCUACUCAGACGAGGAACCGUUGUCGCUGCGGCUCAACAAAUAUUUUUACGGAAAUAGCAUUUUUAAAACAUUAAACUAUAAUCUUGUCUGAAAAUUAUGUGUGUUAUUAUUUUUCCUUUAUUUUAUAUUUUAUGAAAUUAUUGAAAAUUCCUCACAUGCAUUGUAUAUUGCUUUUAUUGAAAAUUUUACUAUUAUAAUUGUACAACUAUUUUCGUUACUGGUGCUUCAUAUUUCUAUUUUCAGA